UUCUUCUUCUUCUUCCCAUUCUCAACAAAAAAAAAACUCGGGCUCUGGAUUUUCUAGAACCCUAGCGGCGCAAAACCCGAAGGAGAACUCGUCCUCGCCCUCUUUCAUUCCAUGGCGAUGGCGUCCGCGCUCCCACUCCUCCUCGUGUCCCCGAGGCCCGCGUCGGUGGCUCGCUUCCGUCCCCGAGCCGCUCCUCUCUCCACGGCCGCCGUCGCACUGCGGAAGAGCGGCAGCCGCGUCGCGAUGCUCAAGCCGCUCCGCGCGGCCUCCUGCUGCAACCCCGCGGCGGCGGACGCCGCGGCUGGAGGAGUUGCGGCGGUCAGGGCGAAGGGCCUGCAGCUCGUGGCCUGGUAUCUGCUGUCUCUUGAUAAGAAUCCGGUGGCGACGAAGGCGGUCACUUCUGCUGUGCUGACUCUGGCCGGGGACCUCAUCUGCCAGCUUGUAAUUGAUAAAGUGCCAGAGCUAGACUUGAAGAGAACAUUUGUGUUCACACUAUUGGGACUUGUCCUGGUGGGGCCAACUCUGCAUGUCUGGUACUUGUAUUUGAGUAAAUUAGUGACAAUGAGCGGGGCAUCAGGUGCCAUUUCUCGCCUUCUACUUGACCAGUUCAUCUUCUCCCCAGUUUUCAUUGGGGUCUUCAUGAGCUUACUGGUAACCUUGGAGGGAAAGCCAUCUCUUGUAGUGCCAAAGCUUAAACAGGAGUGGUUUUCUUCCUUGAUAGCAAAUUGGCAAUUGUGGAUACCCUUUCAGUUUUUGAAUUUCUACUUUGUCCCGCAGAAGCUCCAGGUUCUUGCCGCUAAUUUUGUAGCCCUUGCAUGGAACGUGAUUUUGUCAUAUAAGGCUCACAAGGAGGUUAUUGCACAGUAGUCAAGUAGGGUUGAGCACAUGCAGGUAUCAAUAACCCGAGGAGAGUCUCGACUCCCGUAGCCGUUCCGUUCCGUUUUCGAUGCGUAGCGCCUGCCCACCUGUCAUCUGUAUAUCGCGACGGAAGAUCGAAAAAUGGUUGCUACUGUAAAUGCAGUGUCCGUUCAGUUCAGUACAGCUUGUGAUGCGGGGUUUUAACACUGCAUAUGUAGAGACCCGUUCGUGUUUGCGGUAGACUGUUCAUGGUUUCUUCCGAAAUCGAUCUGUCUUUCUGUGAAAUUCUAUCUUGCUGUUGGUGGCAAGCAAAUAGAAAAGGACAGGACUGGUCGACUGGAGUA